AUGAACCAACUUCGGAUGAACGCAGCGUUUCUCGAUGAGUUAACGGGGUUCUUUGGUGAAUCCUGCCUUUUGAUGCUGCCCGAGGUAGUAGGUGUGGAAGCAUCUACCGAUUCCAGCCUCUCACCACUGAGCUCGACUUUCGACCAAAUCGACAACGAGGAGAGCGCGACAGGACUAGACCGGAAGCCUGUUCUCAAAUCAAAGGACGCUCACCGGCGCAGCAUGUAUCGCGAACGGGAGAAAAAACUACGUCGAGAUCUGCGCCACCAGGUCGGAAUAUUAUCAGAGCAGCUGAAAGUGCUCCAAAAACGCAAGGCAUACGGUAUAAGUGAGUGCACACAAGCCUCCUCAAUUCCGGUUUCAAUGUGGAAAGCGUUGGCAGUUCUACAACGAGGAGCGAGACUCGAAGCCGAGAGCGAGCAGCGGAAGUUGCGUCAAGCAGUGAGCGCCCGAACUGCCGUCAUCGAGGACCUCCAAGGGUUUGUAAGGAAGCGAGUGAGGGAAGCACGGCUCGCAAAUGACGUCGUCUCGCGCUGUUCACUCAGUCUUGCUACCAAGCGCAUGCGCGUUGAUCCAACUGACUCGAUUCUGUUUGAGGCCUUUACUGAGCAACUCGAUGCUCUAUAUGCUCAAACCGACAAGGUCAUGCGUGACUGUGGCAUGAACUCAAUAACGUGUGGAGCAUUGAACUUCAGACCCACACGGAAGACUCAAGAUAGGGACAGAGCCGAGUACUUCCAGUACGCUUGGAAGCAAUUAAUUCCCAGUAACCUCCAACAGACUCGUCGCGCGUUGUGGAAUGUUGCGCACAUGAUACAUCGCCAAGACGACCGCGAAGUCCACACUGGAGCCAAUUCUGGAAACAUCAUCGCGGUGAAGUUUCGUAUCAAAGGUUACCCGGGUUCGACGCUCUCACUUACAGAACACAUCGUCGUCCGGAGAUAUGAUGAAGAAGACCGAACUAUUCUCGUAUGGAGGUCACUCACAGAAGGCAACGGAUGCCUGAGUGGUACGCACUCGGACAAGACAGGCUGGUGUAUCAUCCGGCCAUUUGAAUCGGGCACAAUCAAGGAAACGUACGUACGUCAAGUGCCAAUCCAUUUUAAUCGAGAUCACAAGGCGCAAGAUAGUAAUCAAUUCACCAUUCUCAUCCACCGAUCCAGCGAGGAGGACGGUAUCGCCAUAGCCCAGGGUAUCAGCAGCAUGAACAUUCAUGAUACGGGAUCUCAUGCUGUCGCUGAACAAGCAGACAAAUUUACGGAGUUAGAGACGAACACUUCGGACGAAUCCCUUUCCAACGAAUGCGCACUGGAGCGUGUGCUCGAAGAUAUUGGCAUCGGUCCUGGUGCUGAGGACUUCGACCUCGGUGAAGUUCUGCGUGAAACAUGACCCUGUUAUUGAACAAGUCUACGUGCACUCAUAGGAAGUGUAAGAAAACGUGUGCGCAUGACGCGUGUAAAGUGAUCACACGAAUGAACUCCCGACCACACAUACUCGUACAGUGGUGCACCUCGUUUUCGACAGGGUGGACCAUAUAGAGUCUGCCAACGGCGAAAAUUUAUGCAGGAACGCAGAUGGGCCAAGUGUACUGUUUUUUAAUACUUUAAUUCAGUAGAUAUCGCAGAUCCA